UUCAAACCCAGGUCCAGUUAAAGAACCAAGGUGCUACUAUUCCAAGAGAAAGAUAUACCAUACAGGGACUGCACAAACCCAGACACAAGCAAAGACUGCAGUUUCGUUUUCUAUCUGCAAUUCCAACAUUUAUUUCAAGGCUAGAAGUUUAGAGAGGCGAGAGAAAAGGAAUGAAGGAGGAAAAAUGGCUUUCAAUUCGUUAUGCAGAGACGACUUACUGCGCCCCAGGAUACGAAGCGCUUUGAGUCUGACCCCCAGAAGCCAGAGCAGUUACCAACCACCACCUCUGACAGAGCUUCAACGCCUGCUGUGGACACACAAACCUUCCACUAGCCACGUGAAUGAAGUCUGGCCAAACCUCUACGUGGGAGACUUAUAUACAGCUCGGGACAAAGAGCAGCUGCGCCGAAUGGGUAUCACCCACAUUGUGAAUGCUGCUGCUGGCAGAUUUCACAUUGACACUGGAGCUAAAUUCUACAGAGACCUGCCUGUAGAUUAUUAUGGAAUAGAAGCUGAUGAUGAUCCAAAUUUUGAUCUCAGCAUUUACUUCUAUCAAGCUGCCAGAUAUAUCAGAGCAGCACUGAAUUCUCCAAGAGGCAGAGUACUAGUUCACUGUGCAAUGGGGAUCAGCCGAUCAGCAACACUUGUACUUGCUUUCUUAAUGAUCUGUGAAAACAAGACCCUUGUUGAUGCAAUUCAGGCUGUGUGUAAACAUCGAGGGGUCUGUCCCAACUCCGGCUUCCUCAAGCAGCUUUGGGAACUAGACAUGCGAUUAGCAAGGGAAAAAGGAAGAGGAAUAGAUCCCCUCAGGCUUUAGAUGGGGGGGACGUUUUCUGAUUAUAGACCAAGAUAUAGAGGUUGCCUCCAGGAAGAUUGUACCUCUGGCAAGAUAGAUGA